AUGGAGGAGGGCCCUCGCAUAGCUGCCCACCUGACUGCCUUCUCCAAGAGCGCCAAAAUGCGCGACUCCGCUCGCGCCCUCUACAUCAAUAAUCAGCUGUUCUUCACGGCAUCGACGGAGUUCUCCAAGUGGUUUGGCCGGGGCAUGUCAGCGCAGCUGAAGGACACUCUGGUGGCCCUGGAGCCCGGCGAGGCUGAGGACGCCCUCUUCAACCUGUUUGCCCCCUUUGCCCUCAACACCUUCGGCGACCAGAUCAAGAAAUACAGCGAGGCGAUCAAGAUGCUGGACCUGCGCAAACCGCACCUGUGGUAUCCGAUGGCGCGCGCGCUGCAGCGGCGGCUGGUCUACCACAUGGGCCCUACCAACUCGGGCAAGACCUACAAUGCCCUCCGCGCCAUGUGCGCCGCCGAGACCGGCCUCUACUGCGGGCCGCUCCGCCUGCUCGCCAUGGAGGUCUAUGACGAGCUCAACGCCUCCGGCACCUUCUGCAACCUCACCACUGGCCAGGAGCGCAAGGAGGUGCCCUUUGCACAGCAUACGGCUUGCACAAUCGAGAUGACAAACCUGUCAAAGCGUGUGGAUGUAGCAGUGGUCGAUGAGAUCCAGCAAAUUGGGGAUGACUCGCGGGGGUGGGCAUGGACGCGGGCGCUGCAGGGCCUGGCGGCGAACGAGAUCCACAUGUGCGGCGAUGGCUCCGCGCUGCCUUUGGUCAGAACGCUUGCGCACCAGAUGGGCGAGGAGCUGCAGGUGCACAGCUACGAGCGGUUCACGCCGCUGGCGAUAGAGGCUGAGGGGCUGGCGCGCGGGUAUCUGGAUGUGCAGCCUGGGGACUGCAUCGUCGCAUUCUCGCGCCGCGACAUAUACGACAUCAAGCAGCUCAUCGAGGCCGGCACCGGCCAGCGGGUGUGUGUGGUGUACGGUGCGCUCCCGCCAGAGAUGCGGCGGACGCAGGCCCGGCUGUUCAACGAUCCAGACAGCGGCUACGACGUGCUGGUGGCCAGCGACGCAGUGGGCAUGGGCCUCAACCUUAACAUCCGCCGCAUCAUCUUCCACACCCUGGAGAAGACCGACGGCAGCUUCGCGCGCCAAAUCAUGGCAACUCAAACCAAGGGAAUGCUGUGUGCAGGUCGUGCCGGGCGGCGCAACAGCGUGUACGGGCAGGGGCUGGUGACGUGCCUGAACAGGGCGGACAUUCCGCGGCUGCAGGAGGCCGUCGCCACCCCUCUGGAGGCCCUGUCCACGCCCACGGCCGGCCUCUUUCCCGAGUUUGAGCAGCUGGAGGCCUUUGCUGGCAACCAGCUCGAGCAGGACUUCCACAACAUCCUCACCAGGCAGGCCCCUUUACACACAUCCCUGCUAUCAAUGCUGUUUGCAGCGGAGGCGCGAGUAGAUGGCACAUACAUGUUCUGCAAGCAGGAGUCGGUCAUCCAGGCCGCCCGCCUGCUGUCCAAAGUGGAAGGGCUGUCCUUGCAGGAGCGUUUUUGGUUCUGCAUGGCCCCCGCCAACCUGCGCAACCCGGUGGCCGCGGCCGCCCUGCUGCGCUUUGCGCAGAAGUAUGCAGCCAAGCAGCAAGUGCCUGUCGACGUGCCCUGGAAGGACCGCGUCCCCCAGACCUCCCAAGAGCUGUGCGACCUGGAAGCAGCUCACCAGGUGAUCUCGCUGUGGGUGUGGCUGUCCCACCGGUUUGAUGAGGAGUUCUUUGUCGGCCGGCCGCGCGUGGAGGAGAUGUGCGAGCAGAUCAUCUCGAUCAUGUCCGAGGGGUUGCAGCAAAUGUUUGGGCCGACGGCGCUGCUGACCAACCCGAAGCUGCAGAAGGCUGUGUGCCACAGAUUUGCCAGCUGGACCAACGGCGCUAGGAAUGCCGGAGAGAUGGUGCACUACCUGUCGCCCAGCCGGCCUCCCCUAGGCAUGGGCCUGCUGCAGCCUGACCCGCCACUCCUGAGCAAAGUUGCUUGA